AUGUCUGUUUUUUCAAAAUUAAGAGCUGGACUGACGUCUCCAUGGUCAAUUGCUUUCUCUAUUUUUGGAAUUGGUUACGGUACUUAUCAUAUAAUAGGUACAACUCAAGCUGGAAAAAAAUAUGAAUUCAAUGAAGAUCUCAGCGGUAAAACUUAUAUUGUUACUGGGGCAACUUCUGGAUUAGGUAAAGUAGCAGCUGAAGAACUUGCAAAACGGCAAGCUCGCGUUAUAAUGGCAUGUCGUGAUCGUGAAAAAUGUAUACAUGUUCGUCGUGAUAUUGUUUUAGCAACAAGAAAUAAACAAGUUUAUUGUCGUCGUUUAGAUCUUGAAGAUUUUGAUAAUGUUCAAAAUUUUGUAGAAAAUAUUUCCAAAGGGAAGCAUAUGGUUGAUUCUGUUGAUGGUCUCAUAAAUAAUGCUGCUACAAUGGAAAAAAUAAGAAGUGUUAACAAGUUAGGAAUUGAAAAAACUAUGGCUACUAAUUACAUGGGUACAUUUUUGUUGACAGGAUUGUUGAUUGACAAAUUUUUGAAACAAGAUAACAAUGUACGCAUUGUAUUUCUAAAUACAAAUAUAAUUAAAAAUGAUUGUAAAAUUGAUUUUGAUGAUUUAAAUAUAGAGAAACAAAAAUUUGAUGGUUUUAAUGUUUACAAAAAAUCAAAAUUAGCUGUAGCAUUGUUUGCUAAAGAAUUAUCAGAAAGAUUGAAAAAUACAAAUAUUUCUGUAUUAAUGGCAGAUCCUGGAAGAUGUAAAACAAAUUUAUCAACUAAAUAUGAAAGUGACCGCUUUUUUCUUUCACGCUGGAUUUUAAAACCUUUUUCUUAUAUUCUAGGUGAAAGAAGUCCUGAAAAGGGUGUUAAACCAAUUUUGUGUGCUAUUGCUGACCCAAUUUUAGUUGAUGUAAAUGGGACAUUUUUAGAUCGUGAAAGGAAUAAACAAUCAUGGCCAGAAGAUUGUGAUGAUGUAACUUUGAGAAAGAAACUUUGGAUUACUACAGAACAAUGGACUAAAUUUUAUGAUCAUUUAAAAAAAAUAAAUACAGAAAUGAAUAAGAAUUAA